UUUCACAUGUAAAGUGGCCUAACCCUGGGCAAGGAAUCGUUCUCGUUAAUCGAGGGCGCCGUAGUCUGAAUGGUUGUGAUGAUGUAUAUUGUUUGACGGAGCAGAUGAACGGCGAAAUGUCGGUGCACUGCUCGAGCAACCAACUCAACGGACAGCCAGCUAAUCAUCCAGCCUCACAGGAGACCCCUAUUGGCCCCAACACGGCACAUCGUGAGCCCAUCCUGCAACAGCAGGCGGAGGAGAUGGCAGCGAUGCAGAGUCGUAUCCCUCACACCUUCAGGGACGCGACCCAUGCCCCCCUUAGGAAGCUGAGCAUUGACCUAAUCAAGACUUACAAACACAUCAACGAGGUAUACUAUGCCAAGAAAAAAAGGAGAGCGUUACCGGCGCAGGGGGACGACACGAGCCACAAGAAGGAAAAGCGCCUCUACAAUGACGGUUACGACGACGACAAUUACGACUACAUUAUCAAGAACGGCGAGAAGUGGAACGAUCGCUACGAGAUCGACUCACUCAUCGGCAAAGGCUCUUUUGGGCAGGUUGCGAAAGCAUUCGACCACCAAGAGCAGGAAUAUGUUGCAAUAAAGAUCAUCAAGAACAAGAAGCCGUUCCUCAACCAGGCACAGAUCGAGGUCCGACUUCUAGAGCUCAUGAAUAAACAUGACGCUGACAGCAAGUAUUAUAUAGUUAAACUGAAGCGACACUUCAUGUUCCGAAACCAUCUCUGUCUCGUCUUCGAGCUUCUCUCCUACAACCUCUACGACCUCCUCCGGAACACCAACUUCCGGGGCGUGUCUCUCAACCUGACCCGCAAGUUCGCACAGCAGAUGUGCACCGCCCUUCUGUUUCUGGCCACGCCCGAACUCAACAUCAUCCACUGCGACCUGAAGCCCGAGAAUAUCCUCCUGUGCAAUCCCAAGCGAAGCGCGAUCAAGAUCAUCGACUUUGGUAGCUCCUGUCAGCUCGGACAGAGGAUAUACCAAUAUAUCCAGAGUCGGUUCUACAGGUCGCCAGAGGUGUUAUUAGGUAUAUCAUACGACAUGGCUAUUGAUAUGUGGAGUCUGGGCUGUAUACUGGUGGAAAUGCACACGGGUGAACCACUCUUCAGUGGAUCAAAUGAGGUUGACCAGAUGAACAAGAUUAUUGAAGUGUUGGGGAUGCCACCAACGCAUAUCAUCGAACAGGCUCCGAAAGCUCACAAAUACUUCAUCAAGACAGAAAAGAAUUGGGUACUCAAAAGAAGUCGGGAUGGAAAGAAGUACAAGAGUCCAGGAACGCGGAAGCUCCAUGAUAUCUUAGGGGUGGAGCUCGGAGGCCCCGGCGGUAGGAGAGCAGGUGAACCGGGUCAUACCGUCUCAGAUUAUCUUAAAUUCAAGGACCUCAUUCUAAGGAUGUUGGAGUAUGAUCCUGCCGUCAGGAUAAAACCCUACUAUGCUCUCCAGCACUCCUUCUUCAAGAGAACGGCCGACGGCAGCACCAAUACGUCCAAUAGCACGUCGGCAAGUCCAGCCAUGGACCAGGCCGGUAGUCCUCCCGCUGAGCACUCGUCUGGGUCUAGCUCAGGAGGGGCUACAGGGGGCUCCAACCACGGCUCUGGGUCCGGUGGAAGGGCGCAGUCUGACCCCACCCAUCAGAAUAGCACCACAAACCACGCCCUCGGACACCAGCACGCUGGCAACUCAUCAGGAACUAUGGACUAUGAAUCGAUGUCAUCGCACUCCAGCUUGACUUCGGGGAUGUCAAGCGGGGACGUAGUGUUUGCGUCAUCGUCGAGCAGUGCUCGUGGACACUCUAGCUCGCAUACGUAUCCCCAUCCCCACUCGCAUAGUCGCAAGCACCACCAUCAUCACUCGUCGCAUGGACAUAGCCUCCCGUCGCCAGCUGCCCCGGCCAGCAACGUGAAUUUAUCUCAGACUGUGAUACAAGCUCCCAUAGUGACAAUGGGUAUCCCGACGAUACCAGUGACAAUGGGGAUGCCGCAUGUGCAUCAGGCUGGUAUCGUCACGACGCCGGGUUACGUGUAUUCCUCGCACAGUUCGCUGGAGAAUACUCAGAGCAGCUCGUUAAGUAGUGGUUCGUUAAACAUGCCUAUGGGCGCUUAUGCAAUACCGACUCACCACCACCCGUCGUCGUCGACGCAACAGACGCUUAUAAACAAUCCCCAUUUACACGGGACGACGACGGGAACGGGGGGUAUCGCGUUGACGAGUAAUGUGAGCGGGACGAGCAGCGUCCCGUAUGCGUUCGCGUUGCCGGUGCAGUCGGCCGUGAGUACGGGGCUUGUGAACUCUCAAACGACGAGGCAAGCGGAUGAUUCGCCGAUGGUGGGGGUGUGUGUUCAACAGAGCCCGGUAGCGUCGCAUUGACACCUGCUGAGGACUCGAUCUCAUUCACCAACCUUUUUAGGACCCUUUGGUAGUUAGUCGGCUUACACUUCUGAGAAUCCCCCCUUGUACCGGUAUCGCGAAUAGAUGUCGCCCUCAGGCUUGUUGUGGUGGUGGUUAUAUAUCUCGUCAAGCUUGCUAUUGCUUUUGGAAAUGUAGUCAACGAAGUCAUAGCUCCGUGUCUGUAGAAACAUAGCAACAGGAAACGUCCAAAGACUUGAAAGACAUAGCGAAGAAUCUCAAUAGGAUCACGUCUUGGCUGUACAUGUAGGAAGGUCUGGGCUCAGGUAGCAAUAUGAUACAAUUAGGCAUCAUCACCGUGAAUUUCGCAUCGUCGUCGUGAUCGCUACAAACUCUGGUUACAACGUACCCCAUCGAUGAGAGGAACCCAUCUCAGGAGCCGUCUCCUACCUUUUCCCCCCUCUUCAUAAACGUCAUAAAACCUCUUCCUUGUGGAUGUUUCCUAGAAGCAGAUCUGCAGGCUGUCGCAGUUCUCACUACAUCAUUAACUAUGGAGCACCAUUGAAUUCCCAAGAACUCUACCACUCUAAUCAUCCAUAGAAUGUUAUGCCUCGCAAAAGGUACAUUUAUAAAUCGGUGUCCCAUGUGUUUAAUCUCUUGAGGUGUCGGAAUUCUUUGAGUUGGCAACACCAGGCUGCACAAGAUCAGAUCCUCAACGUUUACAGUUUCCAGCACUACCCGAUCUCUUACAUUACCAUUACCCUACACAGUUAGUAGCAGGAUGGCGGUUGAAAAACCCCAGUGUUUUAAUACAUUUGAAAUCUUUUUAUAAAUAUGUUAAAUUGAUGUAAAAUGUGUUUUUGUAAGAAAAUAUUUUUAAUUGUGCCAACCCUGAACAGUCGUGUCUGUUACCAGACCUUGGGGAGUGUUUCACAGAUCAAUUCAUCGGUCAUUUUCAUGGACAAGCUGUUAUAAGCUACUUGAAUCCUUGUAUCUGAUUGGUCAAAAAUAGAUUUGUCAGUGAAAAUGACCAACAAGACAAUCUGUGAACUUUUCCAUGGGAGUGUUUCACAAAUCGCUUUACAUCAAUUUUUACAGACAAACUAUUAAAAGCUUUCAUCCAAUAGGCAGAGAUCAAGUUCGUCUUUCGAAAUCACUGACAGGACAUUCUUUAAACCCCUCUCUUGGGGGAAGCUUUCACAAAUUCAAUUCAUCAUCAAUUUUUACAGACGAACUGUGAGAAGCUUCUCGAAUCCUUGCAUGUAACCGGCUAAUGGCAAAUUCAUUCAUAAAUUGUCAGUGACAAGACAUUCUGUGAAACUCUCCCCUCUUAAAACCCUUGCCAGGCUUAUGCAUGAACAUUCCCCCCUGUAUCACGGAUGUAUUACACAACUUGUAUGAACACCCCACGUACCCUGCUACUAAAUUAUAUAGCACCAUCAAACAUAUACCUCACACGGAACAAGGUCAGAGAAUAUUUUGUUAAUUGUUCUUGGAGGUUUGAGUUCAGAUUAAUUGGAGUUGCAACUAUUUCUCGUAUCGAAAAUGUAUAUUGCAUCAUCAAGGAUUCACUUUUACCUCAUAUGUAGAAGAAAACUUGUGUAAAACAUCGUUUGGCUGAAUCGGUAGUUUUGCAAAAACAAAAAAAAUGGAUUGACAAAACGGACUAUUUUCUGUAUAUUUUUAAAACAUCUUACCUCGAUUUUAACAAAUAUAAAGUCUUUGAGACUGUUUCUGUUACUACUCAUGAGUAAAUGAGUUUUUAUUGAAAAACCACUUAACGUCGUCUGCGUCUCAGAUGUAUGGAAAUUUCAAGAAAUUAAAUGUAUUCAGCAAAAUAAUGACACGAUCACGGCCUUCCAUCAAACGUUAUAGAGUUCAAGAUUUUAUAAUGAAAGAUAUUUCAUAAAUAUUAACCAUGCUUUCAAAAUAAAGGUAAACAAGAAUAAGUGUAACGAGGGGAGGUUUUCAUGAAAGGAUCUGUCUGAUGUUUUGUCUGACAGUUACUAUAGUAACAGUCUAUCUCUCACACUUCU